AUGCUGCCAACGCCUAUCCGGUUUCGAAUCUUCCACCUUCUGCAUCAACCGCCCUCCCAACCGGACGACGCUGCUACCCUCGCCCAAAGGGAGGAGGAGAAGACGGAAACUGGCUCUGAUGAUUCUGAGAUAGAAGAAGACUCAGAGGAAGAGGAGGAGGAUGAGGAUGGGAAAGUGAAAGUUCUAGAGGCAGAGGCGAAGGAGGGAGGGAAAAAGGAAGAGAAAGUAAAAGUUUCAGAGAAAGAGGUGAAGGAGGGGGGGAAGUCGAAUAUUGGCGCUGAUGAUUCCGAGACAGAAGUAGAAUCAGAGGAAGAGACAAAGGAUGAGGUAAAAGAGGAGGCAGAGCGAUUGGAUGCCCGUGAUGUUGAAUGGUUCCGCACCCCUGGGAGAGCCAGCCCAUCUCGCUCAGGUACGACGACCAGAACCUCCACUGGUCGCAGACCAUCCGCUUCUUUCUCACCCGCCCGGGCCUCCACUCCCUCGACCUUCUCCUCCUCCGAGCAUCUCCCCAUUCUCGGCGCCUGCAUCGCUCGCAGCAGCCCCUCCCUCUCGUCCCUCCGCCUGGAGUCGCAAGGCCCUGUUGGUCUCUCCAAGCACCAGGACAACAACUGCUGGUCGCUGGGUUUUCUCACAGAAUGUGCCCAGCUGUGGGAGUUGAACCUGGGCCGAGGCAAGUGGGAACUCAACAAGCAGUGUGUGAACGCGCCGUGGUUCAAGUCUAUCCGCAAGCUGACCUUGCAACAGGUCGAUUUCGGGAGCUUGAGCUUCCAGUUCCUCGAGUCCAUCACGCCGCAGCUGCACGAGUUCACGCUCUACGAGGACGGCAACAGGCUUCAUGAAGAUUCUCACUUUCCCUCCUCCACCACCCGCCUCGCCUUCUCCUUCCCCAACGCCCGCCUCCUCCGCUUCUGCUUUGCCAGCACUGAGCUGCACCUCGCCCUCUCUGUGUCCCCAGCAGCGCUCAAGACUCUCUCAGUGAUGGCCAAACAGCUUGUCCUCUCCUGCAAGAGCACCGCCCCUCUCGCUCUCGACCACCUCUCGCUGUACAGUCAGGAGCACCUCGGCAUUUCCUCCCUCCGCCUCGCAUCCGCCAGAGUUGUCUACUUGGACGGACCGACUAAUAACCAAGAAGGCUUUUCCUGGACGGAAUUUCUUGGCACUAUAGCGCCAACAGUGGAGGUGCUUAUAGUGAGGCACGGUGUGCCUAUACGGAAGGUGGAUGCAGAGUGGGGGAGGCUGCGGAGCCUUGGGAUUGUCGUGCCUCCGUGGGACAGGAAUCCUUAUGUGAAAGACUGGCGAAGGGGCACGGAUGAGGGUGGGAGUGAGGAGCAUUUAGACGAUGGCAGGUUGCGCAAUGAUGACCCGGGUUAUUUUGACUUGGUGCCGGAUGAGGAUGAGGAUGAGGAAGUGGAUGAGGAUGACUAUAUGUUUGAUGAUGCUGCUGAGGAUGCUGAUGAUGAUGACGAUGAUGAUGCUGACGAUGAUGAUGAGAUUGAUGGUGUGGGUGUUGAUGAGUAUGGUGAGGAGGCAUGGGCAUUGUAUGGUCCAGCCGUAAAAGCCAGGCUGAGGGCUCGGCGGCGGAUGAGUAAGGCCUUCUUCAAGCCGCCGUCCAUCCGCGCUCCGAAUCUGCGGUUCCUCUUUUUCCCCACCCGCAAGGCGUGUAAUGCGCCUGCACUGGCUGCACUGCGGCAGGACUACCCCGCCCUGGCGCUCUACUGUGUGGUGGACCGCUCCUUCUAUUGGCACAGGAAAGGUCAGCCGGUGAGCCAUGGGCCGCUCGACCAUGUGAGGCGGGGCAAGAGUGGAGUGUGGGAUGAAGAAAAGGGGGGAAACAGGGCCAAGAAUGUGAGGGAGAAGAUGCACAGUGUGAACAGGAAGCUGGUGGAGGGGUUCUGUGCCGAGGAGGACCAGGUAUACGUGAGGCAACACCAGCAGAAGUGA